AUGGCUCCGUCUCUAGUUCGGCUGGGUGCCGCUGCCCUGGCUUAUACUUCUGGUGUUGUUGCUCAGGAGAAGGCGUAUCAGCUCAAGGAGUCAUACACGCCGUCCAACUUCUUUGACAAGUUCAGCUUCUUCAGCUCGCCCGAUCCCAACAGGGGCUUCGUCCAGUACAGAAACAAGGACGACUCGACCCGUCUUGGUCUUGUCGAGACUGGCAGUGAGGACGUGAAGAUCGGUGUCCAGGCCUCGGGCAACGACCAGGACGGACGGAGCAGUGUCAGGCUUGAGAGUGUCAGCACUUACAACUCGGGCCUCUUCAUCGCAGACUUUUCCCACUUCCCUGCAAAGGCAUGUGGUGCAUGGCCGGCUUUCUGGAUGGUUGGCCCCGAGUGGCCUCGGGACGGCGAAAUCGACAUCUUCGAGGGGUGGAAUUUGAAUGAGGGGAACAAGAUCGUGCUCCACACCGAUUCGCCAUUGAACACGGGUAUCUGCAAGGUCUCGCAGGCCGACUUCACCAGCCCCUUGCGGUAUGCCGACUGUUGGAUGGAUGCGCCCAACCAGCCCGGAAAUACGGGCUGCGCUGUCGACGAGAGCAACGGACUCUGGUCGAACCCGCAAGGCGGUGUCUACGCUACCGAGUGGCAGGAAGACCGCAUUCGGAUCUGGAGCUGGGCCCAUGGCAGCGUUCCCGCUGAUGUGACCAGCGGGAAACCCAACCCAGAAAACUGGGGGCGACCCAGCUUUGCCGCCGUCAGCCCGUCGUGCGACGUCAAGAAGAACUUUAACAACCUGCGCCUGGUCCUCAACAUCAACUUCUGCGGUGAUGCUGCCGGCAACCUGUGGCCCGAGACCUGCGCCGGCUCAACGGGUGUCGCCGAGUGCUACACGUACGUGCAGUGGCACCCGGAGGCCUACAAGGACACGUAUUGGAAGGUCCGGGGUAUCAGCGUGUACCAG